UUGAGCCAGGGGGCGGGGAGAAGGCGGAGCAUCAUGGCCGCCCCCUGUCCGCAGUGGCGGGGGCCUUGUGGAUCUGGCACCUACGUGUAGCUCCGCCACCGGAGGCCCGCCCUCUGCUCUCACCAGCCGAGCUUUGGUUGGGCCCUGGCAGCUCUGGGAGGCAGCGCCGGAGAGUGAGCCAUGGGGACGGUGCACGCCCGGAGCCUGGAGCCUCUUCCAGCCAGUGGACCCGAUUUCGGAGGAUUAGGAGAAGAAGCUGAAUUUGUGGAAGUUGAACCUGAAGCAAAACAGGAAAUUCUUGAGAACAAGGAUGUGGUUGUUCAGCACGUCCACUUUGACGGGCUUGGAAGGACCAAGGAUGACAUCAUCAUGUGCGAGAUUGGAGACGUUUUUAAGGCCAAAAACCUCAUCGAGGUCAUGAGGAAAUCCCAUGAAGCCCGUGAGAAGUUGCUUCGUCUGGGAAUAUUUAGACAAGUGGAUGUCUUGAUUGACACGUGUCAAGGUGACGACGCGCUUCCCAACGGGUUAGACGUCACCUUUGAAGUGACGGAACUGAGGCGGCUGACGGGCAGUUACAACACCAUGGUCGGGAACAACGAGGGCAGCAUGGUGCUUGGCCUCAAACUCCCUAAUCUUCUAGGCCGUGCAGAGAAGGUGACUUUUCAGUUUUCCUACGGAACAAAAGAAACUUCGUACGGCCUGUCCUUCUUCAAACCACAGCCCGGAAACUUCGAAAGAAAUUUCUCGGUGAACUUAUACAAAGUUACCGGGCAGUUCCCCUGGAGCUCCCUGCGCGAGACAGACAGAGGGGUGUCGGCCGAGUACUGCUUCCCCGUGUGGAGGAGCAGCCACACCGUCAAGUGGGAGGGCGUGUGGCGCGAGCUGGGCUGCCUGUCCCGGACCGCGUCGUUCGCCGUCCGCAAGGAGAGCGGGCACUCGCUCAAGUCGUCUCUCUCGCACGCGAUGGUCCUCGACUCCCGGAACUCCUCCAUCUUACCGCGAAGGGGCGCUCUGCUCAAAGUUAACCAGGAGCUGGCGGGCUACACCGGAGGGGACGUGAGCUUCAUAAAAGAAGAUUUUGAACUUCAGUUGAACAAACAGCUCAUAUUUGAUUCAGUCUUUUCCGCAUCCCUCUGGGGUGGAAUGUUGGUGCCCAUUGGCGAUAAGCCGUCGAGUAUUGCUGACAGGUUUUACCUCGGGGGACCCACGAGCGUGCGCGGCUUCAGCAUGCACAGCGUUGGGCCGCAGAGCGAAGGAGACUACCUGGGUGGAGAGGCGUACUGGGCCGGCGGCCUGCACCUGUACACCCCGUUACCUUUCCGACCCGGCCAGGGCGGCUUUGGAGAGCUCUUCCGAACGCACUUUUUUCUCAACGCCGGAAACCUCUGCAACCUCAACUAUGGCGAGGGCCCCAAAGCUCACAUUCGCAAGCUGGCUGAGUGCAUCCGCUGGUCCUACGGGGCCGGGAUCGUCCUCAGGCUGGGCAACAUCGCCCGGCUGGAGCUGAACUACUGCAUCCCCAUGGGCGUGCAGGGCGGCGACAGGAUAUGUGACGGCGUCCAGUUUGGAGCUGGGAUCAGGUUCCUGUAGCCGAUGCUGAGGCCUCCGGCCCCUCCAGGAGCAACUUGCGGACUGGGCAGCAGUGAGUCACUUGGUGCCACACGCUUUGUCUCCAAACAACCGCAGUCCUUGUGGGAAACCACGUCAAUAAAUUUUAAAGACAAACACUCAA